AUGGAAGUUAAACAUUCCUCGUAUGAUAAGCUGAUCAAGAUUUUACAAGAAGACACAAAGCCUAGUAAAAGAAGAAAAUUAACAAAAAACACAUACCCUGUAGAUAACUUUAUAUUUCAGCAGAAAGAACAUUUGGCAAACAAAGAGGUUUCCAAGGUUUCUAUUGUUCAUACAAAGGAAGCGAAAAGGGCGAAAUCAGAGGAAAUUUCUUCGAAAAUAGAAAUUAAAUCAAAUAAUUCUGAUUCCGAAGAAGAGGAAGAUUACCAAGAUAAUUACGAGCGACAUUAUGGAGAGCAUGAUCCAAAUUCUUUAAAGAAUCAGAUUUCAAUUGUGGAGACCAAAGCAUGGAGUGUGACAAACGAUGAAAAUCCUUCUUUAAAAUUAGUAUCGAAAAGUAUGACGAACAAUGAUUGUAAAGAGCCGCCAACAAUAACUCAUCUUGAUCCAUCGAAGAUUAAGAAACGAAUAUGCGAAUCGUGGACAAAAUUUGACGAAAAUGGUGAAUAUUUGACUGAACUGCAGUCGAGUCUUCUUCACCAAUUUUUACAAUAUCGUGAUAUUCUCUAUACAAAUCGGAACAUAAAAGAUGCUCGCGAAAUCAGAUAUAUAUAUGCAUUGCAUGCAUUAAAUCAUAUUUUCAUAGGACGAGAUCGCAUAAUAAAAAACAAUGCAAAAAUUGCACGUGCUCAAGCAACGAAUAAAGAAAUAAAUGAAAUUCGGGAUCAAGGAUUUACAAGACCCAAAGAAAACCGUAAAAGAUUUUUGGAGGAGUUUGAUAUCCCAAAGGAAGAGGAAACCAUAAACCCUAAUAAGCCAGCUGAUUUUUUAGCAACUUUUCGAGGAAAUAUAGAUGAUUCCUUUCGAAUUGGUAUAAAAUUUACCCGCAAGACAAUGAAAUUAUAUGCUGAUUUUUAUUCUGCCGAUCUUAUUAUCGCUUCACCCUUGGGUCUAAGAAUUAUAAUCGGGGCUGAAGGUGACAAGAAACGAGAUUUUGAUUUCUUAUCUUCGAUUGAGUUGUUAAUUAUUGAUCAAUGUGAUACUUUGUUAAUGCAAAAUUGGGAUCACGUUGAGCACAUUUUUGAUCAUCUCAAUUUAAUUCCGAAAGAACCUCAUGACUGUGAUUUUGCUCGUUUAAAGAAUUGGUAUUUGGAUGGCUAUGCAAAAUAUCUUCGGCAAACUCUGGUUUUUGCCGACUAUUUAACUCCUGAGAUGAACGCAUUAUAUAACAAAUAUCUUUUCAAUAUAGCAGGCAAAUUAAAGAUAAAACAGUUGCAUCAAGGCUCGAUAUUAGAUGUAAUUCCUCUAGUUCAACAGAUUUUUACUCGUAUUGAAUCUUCCUCUUUGCUUGACGCUGGUGAUGCACGAUUCAAGUACUUUAUUGGAAAGACACUUCCAUCUCUGCGCAAAUCAGCGAUUGUAAAUCAAACUCACACCAUGAUAUUCGUAUCUUCCUAUUUUGAUUUUGUACGUUUACGUAAUUAUUUUGAAGAUAAUGCGUAUUCAUUUGCCAGUCUGUGCGAGUAUACUCCCAGUCCUGAUGUUAAACGUGCACGAGCGCAUUUCUUUAACGGAAAGCGAGAUUUUUUGCUCUAUACAGAGCGGUUACAUUUUUUCAGAAGAUACCAAAUUCGCGGUGUUCAACAUAUUGUAUUUUACGAUUUACCAGAUCAUCCACAUUUUUAUUCUGAACUUUUAAAUCUAUUAUCAAUUACUGUGGAAGAUUCAACUUCAAAAUCAAUGUCAUCUGAUAAUUUAUUUUCUUGCCAAGUAUUAUUUACGAAAUAUGAUCAUUUGAAAUUAGAGCGGAUUGUAGGCAGCAGUCGUGUGAAUAAGAUGCUGAAUGUUAAUAAAAAUAUUUUCAUACUUGCUUGA